CAGAAAUGCACAGCAACAAGUACGGCUGACUGGCACAUAGAUAGAGGGGCAUUCGCUUCUCUUUAAAGCAAGGAACCCAAAAUAUCAGAGAUCCAAUCUCACACACUUCCCUAUCUGUUUUCCAUUAAUUUCUCAAUCUUUUCUGUUAACCAUUUUCACCACCUUCCCUUCUCUUCCUAACCAUAUUAGACGACAACUCCCCAUCUCUCAAAAUUCGACAUUGUUUCUUCAGCAAUGGGUAUGAAGGUUUUGGUGGUAUCUCUGAUGCUAACUUCAACUGUCUUCUCUUUCCUGUACUUCAUUUCAACCAGAGUGACAACACCCAUUCGCACUUGGAAGCCCAUCAUCAAUCUGAGCAAAUCCAACAUCAGUAUAACUAGCCCAUAUCCAGUGACCUUUUCAUAUUUGAUCUUAGCUUCAAAAGGCGACUCCCUCAAGCUAAAACGCAUGCUCUAUGCUCUUUACCAUCCUGGAAAUUACUAUCUGAUCCACAUGGAUUAUGAAGCAACGGAAGCAGAGCACAGAGACAUAGCUGAGUUUGUGGGUGGAAACCCUGUUUUUGGGGAAGUGGGUAAUGUUUGGAUUGUGGGAAAACCCAACUUGGUAACCUACAGAGGACCAACAAUGAUUGCUACCACUAUUCAUGCUUUGUCUAUGCUCUUGAGGACUUGCAAAUGGGAUUGGUUCAUCAAUCUCAGUGCUUCUGACUAUCCUCUAAUCACUCAAGAUGAUCUGAUCCAUGCCUUUUCUGACAUGCCAAAAGAUCUCAAUUUCAUUCAGCACUCCAGUCACUUGGGUUGGAAACUAAAUAAGAGAGGGAAGCCCAUCACUAUAGACCCUGCACUCUACAGCCUCAAUAAAUCAGAACUAUGGUGGGACAAACAAAGGGCUCUCCCAACUGCUUUCAAGCUAUUCACAGGUUCAGCUUGGACAAUGAUAUCAAGACCUUUUUCUGAGUAUUGCGUAGUGGGUUGGGACAAUCUGCCCAGAACCCUCCUCCUCUAUUACACCAACUUUGUCUCAUCUCCUGAAGGUUACUUCCAGACUGUCAUAUGCAACUCAGAAAACUACAAAAACACCACAGUCAGCCAUGACCUCCACUACAUUUCAUGGGAUACACCUCCAAAGCAGCAUCCCAGGUCACUUGGACUCAGAGAUUUCAAAAGAAUGAUUCAAAGCAACCGUCCAUUUGCUAGAAAGUUCAAGGAAAAUACCCCUGUGCUUAAAAAAAUUGAUCAACAACUGCUCAAACGAACCCCCAGACAAUUUGCUUAUGGUGGAUGGUGUUCUUCUGGGAAAGAAAAGACUCAGGGUUCAUGCUCAGGGUUGCAGGGUGAAAACUUUGGAGUUUUAAGGCCAGGUACUGGGUCUAGGAGGUUGAAGUUCUUGUUAACAAAACUUGUUUCCAGGAGGAUUAAUCUGAAACAACAAUGCAGAUGAUUCCUUCUGUUUUUU